CACUGUGUAGCCCUGGCUGUUCUGAAACUCACUAUGUAGACCAAACAGGCUGACCUAAAAGUGUCAGCCACCAUGUCUGUCUUCAUUCAAACUUUUGAGGAAGCUGAGCACUCAGGCCAGGGAUGGUAUCGGCAGUGCAGUAUUAUUCCUUAUAGCAAAGAUGUCGACCUGGGAAUUUUUAUACAAGAUUACAAACCUGAUAUUAUUUUGGCAUUUCAGAAUGCUGGACUUCCACUAAAACACAAGUUUGGGAAGGUACCUGUUUACCAAGUUCACACUGUGGUGGACCGAGUUUGUAGACAUGAAAGUCCAUGUGCCCUGUGAAACAGUUGACUACGUUGAAGCCAACUAUGAUCGGAUUUAAAGUGACAUCCUCUCAUUUUCCUAAGAAGCUUCCUGGAAACCUUGGCUGGAUUGGAGGAUAAGAAGUUCCAGCACUGCAGCCAUUUUACAAAUAAGGUAACUGAAGUAGAGAGAAGAUUAGGAAUUUGCCUGGCAUCCUACAAGUGAAUAAACAAGAAAUGUCAAUCUGGAUGUGUGCCACCGCACGGAUUAAUGCUUAACUUUGAAUGAAAUGGAAAGCCACCAGAGAGUUUAGAUCUCGGAAGUGACAGAGGUCUGACUGGUGUUUUCUCAGAUCAUCCUGGGAGAUACAGGACAGGAAGGAGGUAAGAGUAGAGUCUCUCCAUCCCUGAAAUCACCAUACCCUGUGUUGACUGACAGGAAAAACUAGACGGGACCUAUAAUAAAUCCAUCAAUCUGUUCAGUGUGGUGCUUUUAAACUUUGUUGUGCGCCUUCAUUUCCUGGGGGCACUUGGUGAAAUUGUAGGUCACAGGCUGCAUCCCCCAAACUCAUGUAGAGGGUCUGGAGCUGGGCAUCCGACUGCACCUGCGCUGGAAUUUGAAGAAGCACCCGGUGAGUCAGUAAGAGCUCGAAGCUUUCAGAUGCUUGUCUGUAAGGAGGAGGUUGGAAGCAGCACCCCCUCCCCGAAAGCCUUAGACAAAGGAGGGGCCCUCUUUCCUCCAUUGCUCCUUGGCUGCUGCACAUGGGAGGGAUGAUGGGGCAAAACGGGGAGGGACUGGAGGGAGUCCUCCGCAGAAAGCCCCCCUCCUGCGGUCAGACAAAGGGCGGUGCCCUAUAAAGGCUGCAGCCGAGGCUCAGCGUCCAGGCGAGGGCGCACACGGACAGCCGACAGCCGCUGCGACAGCGCGGGCUCCCAGCUCCCAGCAAGAAGAAUCGGGAAGGGAUAGCUGGGGAAUGAAGAAGGUCCACAGACAAGCUGCAGAUUGAACAAAAAGAGCAGAGAAGUCAAGUGCGUGCAGGCUGCGAGGCCCCGGUGUAAAGUGCGCCUCAGCAUGGAUAGCCCAUGAAAACGGUUGAAGGGGACCACCUUAGUCCGCUCCCGACAGAGCGGUAUCCAGUGUGCUCCGCUGACUCAAAGCGAAGCGUGGGGUUGCUUAAGAGAGACGACUUGCGUGAUAGUAUGCACAGUGAGUGCUAAUAUGAACCUGGACAUGACCAGAAAGAUCUUCACAAACACCAGGGAGCGGUGGCGGCAGCAGAGCGUCAACAGCGCCUUCGCCAAGCUGAGGAAACUGAUCCCCACUCACCCUCCAGACAAGAAGCUGAGCAAAAAUGAAACGCUUCGCUUGGCAAUGAGGUACAUCAACUUCUUGGUCAAGGUCUUGGGAGAGCAAAGCCUACAGCAAACAGGAGUAGCUGCUCAGGGAAACAUUCUGGGGCUCUUUCCCCAAAGGCCCCACCUGCCAGAUGUGGAUGAAAGAACUCUACUCAAUGACCCUGGCCCAAGCCAUGAGGCUCCCUAGGGUGGCUGUGCCGGUCAGCCCCCAGGGCAGUACUGGUUGCAGAGCCCUGUGGUUUCAUGCUGCGGAGAGGUAUGACGCAGGAGGUGAUUGGGACAGAAGCUGAGAUCUGCAAAAGGACUUGAGGAAUGUUGCUCUGACCUCAUUACCUCAGAACUUCAGGCAGAACGACUUGUUCUAUAAGUCUGCACGAGAUCAUUGCAAAAAACAAAACAACCUUCUUUUUAAAACUGCCAUCUCACUCAUGACUUCAUUAAUGACGAUUUCCUUCUACUGGAUCUCAGAUGAAUGAGCAAAGCUUGUUGCCCUCUGAAUAUAUUUAAAAGUUUGCUUUGAAAAAGGAGACAUGUUUAUUGAGGGUACAUACAAGAAAUCUUAAGAUUGAUGAAUGAAAAGGUAGCCGCUGUGGAAACCAACACAGGAGAGGCGUGGGGCCAUCUCUGGAGGGAUGUCCCUUCGGAGCACAGCAGUGAGGAAUUAUGUAUGUGAAAGUCUCCAUAUCCUUCGACCUCUAUAGAAUCAUGAUCUUCUACUUUAGUUGAACCUCUGAAACCAAAUAGUGGAUUGCAUUCAUUCCAGGAAAAACCUUGGUAAUUUAGGAACUAGACUUCAUAGUUUUCUUAUUAGAAGUUAGCUAAAAUGAGUGAGCAGACCACUUAGACUGACACACUGGGUACUAAAACGUUUAAUUCAGCCCACAUUCCUGCUGACUUAAGUCCUGUACAAUUUGAUAAUUAUGAAAACCCAAAUGUUGCCAUUUUCUAUUUUGUUGAGAGCAAACAAUAGAAAUAAAGGACCAGAUGCUAAUGACCUCGUGCAUUUAGCUUCACUUCCUGUCUCCCAGGGAGCAUCAGCUUGGUCUUAAGCUGGAGGCAGGGGUGGAGCCCUAUGGAUGCUCCAGUCAUCACCACACACCAUUCUGGGCCUCAUGGUACUUGGAUUCAAAGAUAAAUCUGGUAGCUGAGCCCCAAAUGUAGAUGUCUAUCUGGGACAUUUUAUUUCCCCAGAGUUCUUUUGGCUUUAUGAUCUUCUGAAUUACAGGUGGGAAAUCUAUGGAUUGUGGUUAUGAAUUCCCAGUGUCUACACAACACAGGAAUUUAAACUUCUUGUUUCUCUAGAAAGUAUUCUAAAGUAACUGCAUCAUUAAGGUCGUUUUAGCCGAUGCACUUGUAGAACAACGGGUUUCCCUCCAAAUCCUUUAUUUAACCUGCACUAGAUCAAUUUCCCCACAGAAACAGCAUAGCUUUUGGAGACUGGUAAGCACAGAGGCUGGCCGAGUCCUUCCUUCCACCCCAGAUGUGUAUAUCAUUCUCAUCAGUUUGGGGAAGUUCAAGGUUGUCCCCAAAUUGCCAGGCAGUGGGACAUUUCAAAGUUUUUAUGGUAGUUGUCAACUAAGUAACACUACCCUCUCAUCUGGUACAUUAAAUAAAAUACGUCUGACAGUGGUUUUGUUUUUACAUAGGUUCUGUGAAUAUGAAGAAAGCACAGAGGCCCUCUGUCCCUAAAUGCAACAUUUUUGUGCUCUACACAGAACACACUCACUUUCCUGAUGAGCUCUUGUCUGUGCUUAACCAGGGCCUCCCACUGGAGUGCUUACAAGGACCCCAAAAAGAUGUGAGGAGGUUGAGUUAUCAUUACAGUAAAUGGGGGGAGGGGAUACUUAUCUAAAGAAGCCCGAGAGGAAAUCCUUUCAUAGAUGAGUAAACCUCUACAAUGUUAUUAUAUGUGAUGUACUCCUUACAAUAUUUGUUCAGCUUUAAUUUUCUGUUUCAAGUUGAAUUAGAUUAACAUGACUAUCGAACAAACACACAAAAAAAAAACAAAACCAAAAAACAACUGUAAUCUCAUGUAGUCCAAAACCUAGUCAUGAUGUGUGUGAGAAUGGAAGCUAAUUCAGAACUCCCUCUACGGUUUCCUUUGGUGGUCCUAGCCAUAAGACUUCAUAGUUCAAAUGCGUUACCGUCUGCUGGGUGCUACUUCUGUUUACAGACCAUUUGAGUCUAACAGAAGAGUUAAGCCAAAUUUUCUAACUAUGCUUCUCUGUUCCUUGAAUUAAAGUGAGCACUUGGUCUGCGUUGGACAGUAAUGGAAAUGUGUAGAAACCAUAUUCAAGCAGGGCCUUGCUUUAUAUUGACUGUGUUACUCCAUUUCACAGAGAAGAAAACAGGUCUGUCUCAUGGGCCAUCAGCCGAAAUCUAGGACACAGAUGCCAGUCUCCUGAUCCUCUCUCUAGCCUGUCCAUAGCAUUGAUCAGUCACCGUGUGUUGAGAUUGAAAAGGAACAAGCGCCUUAUCAUUAUGUUAACCUUUCCCUAAAAGCAAUUAGUGAUCUUCAUAUGCUUUUUUGUGAUAUGAAAUUAUCCUGCUCUGUAGAAUGUGAGUAGCUGUGUUAACCAAAGAUUUUUAUCUGUUGAUGUGUUUGGUGAGUUCUUAACCAUUGAUAAUAAUUUGCUAUUUAACUGUUAACUUAUUACAAAUAAACUAUUUAAGAAAAUAAUUGUUCUUUUAUUUUUAGGUAUAAUUUCAUAAACUUACUAAGCAUAUCCAUCCCAUCUCUCCACUUUCAUGGUCACUGUCCUGAUAUGGAAGAAAACCCUUUCCAUACUCAUUGUCCUUAGUUUAGAGAAAAAAAUAGCAUCAACUGAUGUCUCUCCCCUCUCCCCAUGUCCUCACAGCAGCAUGCUUUCUUCUGUCCCCCUCUCUUUUCUUUUUUCCCCCCUUUUAGACAGUUUUACCACAUAAGACCCUGGUGGUCUUGAACUUAUGAUCCUUCUAUGUCAGCCUCGAUUAUGCUGGGAUUACAGGCAGGUGCCACUACACCUGAUUCAUAUGGCUUCCUAAUUGUCCUCAAAUCACAGCUGUGGUCAGAUUGCUUCCAUACUCCUGAACCCUCAGUUCAUCUACCACACAAACAGACAUUGCAAGAGCUAGGCCACCUGCAAACCUGGCCCCAUCGUACCUUCUCCUUUUCCCACAAACCCUACACGUGUUACAUGGGCAAUAAAAUGGCUUCACUCAAUGAUGCCUUUUUUCUACGUCUUCCUUUAGCCUUGUGAUUUCAAUUGUUUGUUCCAUUCUCAUUCCUUCCACUUGCCUCUCCAUCUGUAUCAAAUCUCAGACACUAAAUCCUUCAUGGUUGGUCUUAAUAUAUAACCCCCUUCCACCCUCCAUUCCUUCCCCUCACCCUUUUUGAGAUGAGGACUCACUCUGUAGCUCAGGCUGACCUCAACCUCCUGGCCAUCCUCCUUCCUCACCUCCCCAGCUCUGGGACUGCAGGCUUGAGCCAACAAGCCCCUGGCUACGUACUCUUACACAGCGUCCCAGAGUUCUAUUCGACCCACUCACUGUUUCCUCAUCUCCCUUAUCUGACUUACAACCUCUUUUCCUUUGCCUUGUAUUAUGGACACCUGUGUAUAUCCUGUUCUUUCUGAAAAGCUGAAAUCCACUUGAGUACAGGGAUGGAUUCUGAUGUUUAAUCCUUACUGUAGCCCUGCAACUCGCCUCUACUUCUAAAAUGUGAAAAUGAUUCCAAGACUAUCCAUGUCAAGAAUAUGGUUGGCUUCCCCUGGGGUGGGGGUGGGGGGAGACAAGACAUUAAAAUGAAGCUGCACAGGCUGUUUUUUCUCCCUCUGAGAAGCUCAGUCUAAUGCUUCUCUUUAAAGCUUCCCAUAAUUACCAUCCAAGAAUACCCCUUAUAGCACCUGCCUUGUGAAUUUCAUCACCUAAGAAUGAAUGGCUUGAGUUGGCCAAAAUAAGUAUUAAGUUAUGCACGACUGGCAUUGUCCUUAAAAGGCAAGAGAUGAAAGAGGCUGGGGAUAAUGGUCAGCUUAACUGCUGACCUAGGCCAAAGGUUAGUCAAAAGUCACAUCCUUCCCUAGAGAGGUCAAUGAUAUGGAGGGAUCUGAAAGGCCAAUAGCAAUGCAAAGUGAGGGAUUUGCAGCAGGUGUUUCAAAAGGAAUUCGAAGGCUAGAAUGUCCUCUGGGAUCUCAGGAGGCCGGAGGUGGCAAGGCCUCCCCAGCCCAAUGUCUUCUUGUGCCCACUUGCUGCUUACUGGAGACAGACAGUCAUGCAUGACUUCAUUUUCUUAUCUUAUCUUCGCUAAUGGUGUAUCAUAAAGAAGUUCUAAAGACACCAGAUUUAUACAUAAGUUUCAGUUAGGUUCAUAAUUUACCAAGUAACAUUUAUUACAAGACUUUAGAAAUUCCCACUCGAGAAAUUUCCUUGGUAGACUAUUAAUGGUCAUCAUUAGAAAAGUAUUGAAAAUGUGGACUAUAGUGAAUGCAAUCCCAUUAUUUGUUCUAAGUAAUCACAGAAAGAAGUAUAUAAAGAAAUAAUCAGAAUUCUGGUCAAAGAAGUAUGUGCAUGAUCUUAAAGUCGUAAAUCUCCAGUAGUCCUUACUAUAUCACAAGUAAGACAAAAGGAUAUCUUCCAUUCCAGAAUUCACAACCUAUGCCGCAUAAUGAGACCUUGUCUCUGGGAAAAAUUCUUUUUCAAAGAACUAUAGAUAUGAAUAUUUCAGAAUUAUAUGUAAGGAACACAUGAGUAUAAUAUUAAGAAUAAGACUGACAAAGUUUUCACUCUCUGCCAGACAUUGACCCUAAGAACUUCUAGUAUAUUGGCUUACCUAAUUUUUAUAAUAAUAUUAUAUUUGCUAAUACAGCAUUAAUUGUAUUCUAUUAAUUAUAUGUACUUCUUUUUGUGGUCCUGGGGAGUGAAUCUGGGACCUUGAGCAUAUUUAGCAAGCAUUCUACUACUGAACCACAUCCCCAGCCCUAAUUACAUGCAUGUAUUAUAUCAAUAUUAUUGUUGCCAUUUCACAAAAUAUCUAAGAAUAUAUAACUGUGGGUUCACACUGCUGAAUCAGAACGUUCCUCUGAGCUGUUUCUGCACAGAAGAAUUGCAUCAUGUAAAGACAGGGUGACUUUUCACACUGUUUUAUUUACAUCCGAGUCUUAUGUUCUUCUUGACUCUAACCAUAUCCAUGUAACCUCACAGCCAGAGACACACUGCUAGGUAAAUAAGCACCAAAGUCCUUAGGAAGAGGAAGCUUCCUGCCCCAGAAGCACCAGGCAGUGGUUACCACCAAUGAACCUCUGAAAGACAGCUGUACCAAAUGUGAUGCCAUCAGUAUCACAGGCAGCCCCACGGUGGGCACCUAUAGGCACCAGCGUGAGACGGUUUGAUGUGUUUUUUUUUUUUUCUAGUCCCUAUCAACAGACCUGUUUGCCUCAGCUUGCCUUCCUGCUCUAUAAGGGCAAGCAGGCCAGAUCAGGCCACUUCAAACGCUCAUUAUAUUCCCCUUCCCCUUGGUGGCCCCUCCAUCUCUCCUGCUCUCCUGGUCUCGACUCUCUGGAGUUGGAGAGAAAGGAGGAUAAGGCUUUGCACAAAAUGUUCUUCUUCACCACAUAUAAGGUACAUUCUUGCUCUCUGUAAGUCUUUGUGUUGUUUUUUGAUAGCUAAUCAUGUACAUGUGUUAGGUUUGAAAGGACUAGAAAAGGAGUGGGAGAGAUAGCCCAGUAGUUAAGAGUCCUUGCUAGGCCUUGCAGAGAACUCAGGUUCAGUUCCUAGGACCCACAUGGCAGCUCACAGCCAUCUGUAACUCUAGUUCCAGGGGCUCUGAUGCCCGUUUCUGGUUUCUGUGGGCACCAGGCUUGCAUGUAGUGCAUAUACAUGCAUGCAGGCAAACAUCCUUACACAUAAAAUAAAAGGGAAUAAACGUUUUCUUUCUGCAAAAAAAGAAAACUUUCUUGUACACAGUCACAUGACCACUGUGACCAGAUUCUACUUUGGGAUAAACGGAGUACUAUGUUGAAAGAACUUGUAUCUACUCCAGAAGUCAGCUGUUAAUUCCAGUGUAUUGUUUUAAUAUUCCACUAAAUAAAUGUAGAUCGAAUUCUA